CUCCCUCCCGCCGCGUCUCCCUCCGUUCCAUCCCUUUCCGCGCGCUCAUACUACUCCUCCUCUGCGUCUCGAAUCGCGUGACGAGGCCUCGCUGCCCGACUGACCGUCCUCGGCGCCUCUUAUACCUUUACUCCGGUUUGCGCGUUCUUCAGGAACGUACGUGCCCGCCACGUUCCGCUCGGUGAGAACGCGACACAUACCCCCCUUCUGUGCGAAGUAGCCCACGUAAAGCCGCGGGAAACUACCUCGAGACGGUCGUCGCCGUCGCCGUCGCCGUCGUCGUCUGUGGGCCAACGUCGCGGUGGUGCAACGUGCGAAGUAACGUCUCUCUCCUCUCGCGAGCUGGAAACUAGCUCUGCCGCUUCUCGCGAUUCAAUCAAUCGUGUUCGCCGAGAUCUCCGUUUGCCGGCUCGCGCGCUUUCGCCCCGCUACACUUGAGCGGAGAGAGUUCAGGCUGCAGUGAUAUGGCACAGCUGAUCAGCGUCAAGCUGUCCAGGUUCGACGGCUCCCCAUGGGGCUUCCGUCUGCAGGGUGGCAAGGAUUUCGGCACGCCGCUCAUCGUGCAGAAGGUUAAUAGCGGCUCCCCGGCGGAAGCUGCUGGUCUUAAAGCUGGCGAUGCCGUUAUCAAAGUCAACACCACCGAUAUGUACAACUUGAGGCACAAGGACGCGCAAGAUGUCAUAGUCAAGGCCGGGAAUAAUUUCGAACUCACCGUGCAAAGAGGCGGCAGUACCUGGAAACCGCACGUGACGCCGGCGACCGCAAGCCUUCCGUCUCCGAUGCACAUCGCCUCCGCGGCCAACAUCGCGCCCGUCACAAAGACCUCUUUGGCAGCGAAGAAACAAGACGGACCCCUCAUCGGCAGCGGACACAAUUUCAGCCCCAAGCCAUUCCUGAACGGCACCGGCGACGGUCCAAUUAAGUCGAUCGUGAACAAACAGUACAACAGCCCCGUAGGAAUCUACAGCGAGGAGACGAUCGCGGAGACACUGUCCGCCCAGGCCGAGGUCCUUGCCGGAGGUGUCCUUGGGGUGAAUUUCAAGAAGAACGAGAAGAACUACAAUUCCGAGAACAGCGAGGUCUUCAAAAUGGUCCAAGAAGCGGACAAGGAACCAAAGACUCCAGAGCCUGUUUCUUCAAGGACAGAGUUUUACUCCUCGGUGAGCCACGCGGUUGGCGGAAGGGCCACUUCGCCGAGGUCACCCACGCCUCGGUUUUAUGCUAUGCGCGGUGGUGGUGGUGGUGGUGGUGGUGGUGGAGGUGGUGCACCUGCCGGUAGCAAGCCGGCCACGUCGAAUUCCGACGUGCCGAAGCCUCAGGAAGCACAGCAGAAGCAGGGGUCUGCUGCCGCGGGGUCGUCGACGCCGGGCGGGGUCGUUUGUAACAACUGCGACCGGGUGAUCGUCGGUGUGUUCGUCAGGAUCAAGGACAAGAACCUCCACGUAGAGUGCUUCAAGUGCUCGACCUGCGGCACGUCCCUGAAGAACGUCGGCUAUUACAACAUCAACAAUAAAUUGUACUGCGACAUCCACGCGAAACUCGUCGCCAGGCAAAACGCACCGGCUGGUCUCGUACCAAUCACCGUUCCACCAGGUGGCAAAGCACCGGCCGGCACCAUUUCCGCGGCGCUGGCGAGUGUGGGUGCACCUUUAUCGCCGCCCCUUAGCAAUCACGGAUCGUCGCCUCAGCCAUUCUCCGCGUGCAAUCGUACGAGCCCCGAUUCUGGAUUCCAACAUACUCGACGACUGACCACGAACACGAACGGAUGCAUCCGCAAUGGCGACUGCAACGGGGAAUCAAAAACGUUCACGAGCACAAUCACCAUCCAAACAGGUGGCACAGAGCCCACCCGUCUUGGCACCCCGCCCGUCGAUUCGCCCAGCUUGCGAUCAGUCCAGGCACCAACGAGCAAUAGUCUCAUCGGUCCUAAGCCCUUCGGUGGAUCGGCUGGCUUCUCAUCGAAUCUGUCCUCGAGCCCGGCGUUAAAUUCCGGGAGUAACACCUUGCCGCGUCCUCAGAGCCAGACUGUGACAGAAACCUCCAGCGAAACUUACGAAAGGUCCUGCUACUCUGAAGUCGUUGAGGACACGAGAGACCAGUCCCGUCCCAGCUCCGUAAAAUCCCGAAGUCUUGUGUGGCCACCCCCGAAAUCCAUCGAAGACAUCACCUAUCCCACCGCCAGUCCUCUCUACAUCAACCCCAACUCCGUCCUCGACCGAAGGUGCCACCAAGCCAGAGAGAAGCGCGCUAGUAUCGAAGCUUACGAGCGAGCCCUGAGUUGGAGAACCGAGAGACGAAGCGAGAGCACCGACCGAGAGGUCGAAAGAGCGACAAGAGAAGGUGCUCGUCAGCGCGAGUACUCGGCAAUGGAUCGGUUAAGUUGUCCUGGGCCGAUGUACCGGCGUGUCGAGCUAGUGGACACCAACAGGACCACUCGCUCGGACGUCACGUCGAGGCCCAGCUCGACCGACAGCGUUCGUAGAUCGCUCACGCCCACUAAAAUCGUCCAGCCGAUCCCGAAACCGUGGACCGCGACCGUCACUAGCGGCGGCACUAACCUGUACGAGCAAAGUUACGCGCAACAGGAACAGCAGCAGCCCAAGAUCUGCAAGAAGCUGAUGCAGCGCGAGGUCUGCCAUCGAGAACGGAUAUCGAGUGGUAAGGAACAACGGGAGGAGCAUCGAGCUUACCGAGCGGAAAUCUGCCGAAGGGAGCAAACGAUCUGCCCGAAACCGCCGUUGCCCACGCCCAGGCAAGAACCAGCCGAAACGGUUAAGGAAGUUGAUACUGAAGUCACUGAUCUCAGGGAAGACGAAAUGGACGAGCCGGAAGUUUGCUCGACGGGGAUUCAAGGCGAACAUGAUUUCAUCACCGAAACGGCCGAGGAGAUCGUCGACGGUAUGCACGUGAAGAAAUCGGCGACCUUCGAGAAGACUGUAGAGAAGGUGUCGCCGGAGAAACCAGAUACUAGGAUGAUCGAAGAAGAGGACGAAACGGAGUCGGAAUACUUCACGAGGAGAACCGAGAAGCAUAUCAAUCGAGAGGUGGAGAACACGGCAGAGGAACGGACAGUGGAAGAAUCCGCUGAGACGGUUACGUCGGUCAUCGAUGCUCAACAGAUGCUGGAGAAGGUGAAGCAGGAGGAGGAAGAAAGGAAGAGGGAAGAGGAGGAAGAGGAACGCAGGAAGAAAGAAGAAGAAAAGAGAAAACGAGAAGAAGAGGAAAGAAGACGCCGCGAAGAAGAGGAGAAACGAAGACAAGAAGAAGAGGAGAAGGCCAAGAAACAUGUAACCUUCAAUGAGGCGGAGGAAGAAAUCGAAAAGGUGCGAGAACAACCGCUCGGCAGAACUGUCGUUCGAGAGGAACGCAUCACCGAGACGGACACCACUCCUGGACGCUGCAAGGUGACGAAAGAGACUUACGAAGAAAUCACAGAGGAGGUGCUAGUUCAGGAACGCGUGAGGAGGAAAGGUGUGGGCGACGAUGAGCGCAGGAAGAGUCUGCGAGAGCAGGUGGAGGUUCAUCAAAGUCUCAGGGAUCAACAAGCACCAGAGAGACGAGUGGUCGCGAGAUACAGCCACCAACCUCAGCAAGAGACCAUGGAGACGUGCAAGAAGAAAGUCCAGUUCCUAAAGGAAACUGAAACCGGGCCGAAACCUCUAGCGGACAUGCCCGUGAAGAACUCCACGCCCAAGGAGUGGAAGUCUGAGAUGGUGAACGCCCUGACAACUGUAUCCGAUCGGUCCUACACGCCGCUCAGUGCCACCAGCAGCAUGAAGGAGCUCUACACCGAAGAGACUAUCUACCUGGACCACAGAUGUCGACCCAAACCGCCGCCGCCCAAGGAAGAGAUUCGACCGAUUUCGCCGUUCCAACAAGCUCUAACGAUAGCACCCGAGAGAUCCUAUACCCCUCUGAGUCGGGAAAUCGGACCAGAAGAUCGGCAGAUCGCAAGUAGGUCGCAGACUCCGAGUAUUCAAAUGCAAAAUAGCCACUGUCCGCCAUUGGACAUUCUGUAUGGCGAUACGAAAAGGGACUCUUACACGCGAGAACAAGUGUGCAUGAAGGAAGUCAAAGAAUAUUCCGGACCGCGACCCUUGCCCACCCCACCGCCUGACCAUCGCUUAAGAGACUCUUCAGCGUCGCCGGCGAGGUCUCGACCACAAACACCUAGCAGUAAGUCUUUCACAGCGGGUCUAAAGAAACCGGACACUAUACCAGCCUAUCAGAGAAACCUGGUGGCGAUGAAGAAAGGUCCAGUGGAGAGCCAGCCGUUCAUUCCUAGCAGAACACCCACUCCAACACCUCGUAGGUCCAUAUCACCGGCGCAGGGGCCACCUGAGCCACCUGCUUGCUACGUGAAAGCUCAAGCUCCGAGAGUUCGAGAAGAUCCACCGCCGUCGAAACGUGGAUCGAUACAUUUCCCGUCGCGCAAAACUAUAUCCUACAAUGUGGAGGAAGACACCGACAGCGGUCACAGAAAACAAGAGUAUUCCGCCUCAAGGACUGUCAACUACGACGAGAAAGAAACCAAUAGCCUCGACGGAGGUCCAACGGAUGCGCUCUACGCCCAAUUCCAAGAGACACGAUGCAUGACGAGCGAGGAGACCAGCGAGCAACAAAACACCGCGUCCUAUGUAAAGAAAGCUCUUCAGGUGGUCGAAGAUUACGAGAAAUGCGAACGGAAGGAAGUAGUGCCAACGUCGCCGCCACAGAGUCCAGGGAACAUCUGCACCAUCGACAAAGUGAGUCAAACCAAGCCCACUUUGCCGUGCCCUAUACCAUCGCGAACCAGUCUAGCACCCGUCAAACCGAUCUACAGCAGCUCUACGGAAGUGCGUCACAUGCGCUACGAGACACCCUCCCCAAAGCCUUGCCCAGAAACUGGAGUGACUGUUCUGCCUUGCAAGGCUCAUUCCGAUCGGGGCACGAAGGCUGGAGUCGUCGUGGUGCCUUGUGAUGGCAGCUCGCAGUCCACCUGCCCGAAAUCCGGGGUCUGCGUAGUGCCCACGAAAGAUCGAUCAGGCGUCUGUGUGUCGCCCUGCUUCGGCAUACAAACCGGCAUGUGCGGCCAACCGGCCGGCACAUGCGGUCGCGACUCCGCCUGCGAUUACAUACCAAACAACUGCCCUGACUCCGGAAUCUGUGUGGCACCUUGCGCCGACGGUUCAGUGUGCGUGGCACCUUGCACCAAGCCCGGUCCAUCCCCAAGUCAGCUGAGGGCGAACCUCCCUUUCCCCCAAAUCCCGUUUCCCGAUGAAGACCCUGCGUUACCAGCACCCCCUCAGUGCUCCCGGGGCUUCAAACCUCGCACUAAUCUGAGCGGUCAGCUUGCGCGACUCACCGCCAAGAGCGGUUCUACCAACAGCAGCCUGCCCACAAUACAGCUUUACAAGCCACAAGCCCCAUCUCAAGUCCCAGCUCCGACCCAAACCCACAGCUAUACCGAGACUUCUUACCACCACACCCAGAGCUACCGGGAGACCCACUGUGGCUCCGACGAUCGUUGCCGUGAUCAGAACCGCUGUCAGACCCAAAACCGUUGUCAGACCCAGAACCACUGCCAGGACCAGAUCCAUUGCCCCUCUAGUAAGACCCAGAGUUUAGUAGACCCACCAAAUUUGUCGUCCCACCCGGAUCUAGGUGCCGGAGUCGGCGGCCUCGGUGGUGCGGGCUCGUCCAAGAGCGGAUCGUUCGCCGGUAGCAGCGCGCCCAAACGCGGACGAGGGAUCCUCAAUCAGGCGGUCGCUGCGGGAUCGCGUAUACCGCUGUGCGCUCAUUGCAACUCAUACGUCAGAGGGCCCUUCAUCACCGCUCUGGGCCAGAUCUGGUGCCCCGAUCACUUCGUCUGCGUCAACGCCCAAUGCCGCCGUCCGCUUCAGGACAUCGGCUUCGUGGAGGAGAAGGGACAGCUCUACUGCGAGUACUGUUUCGAGAAAUUCAUCGCGCCCACGUGCAACAAGUGCAACAACAAAAUCAAGGGCGAUUGCCUGAACGCGAUUGGAAAGCACUUCCACCCUGAAUGCUUUAACUGCGCCUACUGCGGCAAACUCUUCGGCAACAGUCCGUUCUUCCUCGAGGAAGGAUUGCCCUAUUGCGAAGCUGACUGGAACGAGCUGUUUACCACGAAAUGCUUCGCGUGCGGAUUUCCAGUCGAGGCUGGUGAUCGCUGGGUGGAAGCCCUGAAUAACAACUACCACAGCCAAUGCUUCAACUGCACGAUGUGCAAGAAGAAUCUAGAGGGCCAAAGCUUCUACGCGAAAGGCGGCCGCCCAUUCUGCAAAAAUCACGCGCGUUAAGAUCCGCUCUCGAACGUCGCGGAUGAUCGACGGGGCGACGGAAGGGCAAGAGCAGAUAGCGAGAAAGAAAACAUUCGAGCGAAGGACGUUCAAGAAGGGCAAGAAGAGCGUACGGUGUUAAUGCACGAAUCACUUUUAUCGCGACCACAUUUUCUUCUUUACUGUAUCUCCGGCCGAGAUCACUCCACUAACCCUUUGUCUCAAACCCGCGAACAACCCACAUCGUACGAAACUACGAAGAGCAUAAGAUCAAUCGGGACGAUUUUCAUGCCUGAGCAAGUGCAAUGAAGAAAAUAUAUAAGGAAAGUAAAAAGAAAGAUAUUCUUUUGUUAAAUCAUGAUAAGUUACGGAGUUUAUGAAGUCAUGAAAAAUAUUUAUUUAGAAAAUAAUAUAAAAGUCAGAUAAAAAAUACAGAUAAAAGUUUUCUUGAAAACUAGGUAAAAAAAAUUACAUAGAAUCACUAGUCAUAUUGAAGAUUAGAUAAAAGUUAUAUGAGAUUAUAUAAAGACAAAAUCCUAAAAAAAGAAUUUGGACGAUCGAAAGGUGUUCCGUAAUAAUAUCUCUCGUGUGUUUUCACACUCAUUAGCCCGAUUGAUUCUAUGCGAUGUUUACUUUUUGUCGAGAUACGAACAAUUUUGCCGCGCGUCGUCCAGCUAUGAGAUAUUAAUUAAUAUUUAUUAUCUAGCUUUUAAUUAAGAAUACAUGGCGCAGGAGGCCAUCGGUCAUCCUCGACCGCGCACCAAACAUUUCUAACUCUGAAGAGCUCACAUUACCACUCUCCGUUUCCGAUUUGCGAAAAUUCAGCCAUGUGCGUCGACUUUUACACCAGCAUCGAAAGGAAAAAAUAAUCCAGUGUAAUUUUGUCGCGUGAGAAAUAUCUUUCAAACGAAAAAAAGACGUUUCGUCAGCUUUCGUUUCGUCAGCUACGCGGCUCGUGCUAUAAAUUCACUCGCGCUCUUCGAAGUUAAGCGACUAUUUUUCUUUUCUUUCUUUCGCCGAGGCGCAUCGUAUCCUCGACAUCGCGACGAUAUUCCGUUUACGAGCGUUCAACCAUCGUAGAAUAUUGAAUAUCGUGCAUCGCGCAACGUCGACCGUUGCGAGCGAGCGAGCAGCGCGAUUAAUUACGUCGGGGACGUUCGACGACGACGACGACGACGACGACGACGACGACCACGUCGACGUCGACGUCGACGUCGACGUCGACGUACCUCUGCACUUUGCGGUUCCCGCUUAAUCGCAGAGAACGGCAGUCUAAUCGCGAUCCUCGCGAGGUUAGCGAAUACCUCGUAAAAUCGCUCGUGGCAGGAAACCCCCGUAACGAUACACAACAAACGCUGCGCUACGGCGUAGUCGCCGCGAUCGAAAUCACGCAAAGGUCACCCGAGCAAUUAGUUUAUUACGUGGACUAUUCGCAUAUUUCUACGUGCUUCCAAGGUGCAUCAGGACGCAACACGCACUGUGAACGUUUCAGAAACGGCGUCGACGUCCCCGUCCGGACGAGAUCGUUGAUCGAUGGUGGGUCGUGGCGAAAAACAAGAAAAGGGAAACAGAGAGAAAAAGACGCGAAUGGACGAAUAGGUGGAUGCGGGGAUAAAAUCGGAAGAAAAGUACGAAUGGCGAGCGAGGGUGCGAUGAGGAGAGAAUUGCAUGGAAGAAAGAUCUCAGUUCGUGUAACUGAAUGAGGACCAGACGAGGGAACUCGGUGACGAGAAACGAUGUUUCUAUUACCGCACGGAGAAACAUGUGAUUGGUGGCAUUACUGCGACAGUGAACGAGCCAGACACAUUUUACGGUCGGAGAAAACAAGAUUUAGUUGACGAGGAAGCUCUUUUCUCCGUGCGCGAUUUAAGAUAUUUGUACUCGAUCGAGAUGACUAAGAGUAAUCAAUUAAGAAUGAAUAGAAAUUUGCUGCAGAUGUAGAAGCUUUCUCCGUCUCUACAACCGAGUUCUUCAGACCUGGUCCCCGACAAUCCAGUUACACUAACGGAGUUGUUUCUCUCCGUGCGUGUAAUUCGCGUGGUUUUCUCGGACAAUAAAAAUUAUGCGCGACUAGGAAAUGUAUCGAACUUUCACGUGAGUCUACGAUGUGACUCCAUCGCGGCGAUCGACGGUAGUAAUUAAGACGAGCUCUAGUUCGAGUAAUGUCGCUCAAUUGACCGAUACUUUCGACGUUUGUUGAUUGCUCUUACGAGAUUUAACCCGCCUGCCGUAUCAAAGUUCCUUUGGAACGAUUCGAUAGCCGCAACAAUUUCGUUUCAACGAGCGGUCGUGUGGGCUUCACGCCAACGCGUAAUAUAAUUCUUCCUUAGCUUUUAUACAUGGCGGAAAGACCAAUAUUUUCGCUCGGAGCAAUUCUCCCGACACAACUGAGACGAGGAACGUCGCAGUAACGUUUGUUUGAAGGUAUACUAGUCAAACACUCGAAGGAACGAUCACCCGAUGCUCUUGUAUUCAUCUUACGAAUACUACUCGCAUUAACAGCGAGCGAGUAUCGCUUAAUUUAUAAUUGGGAGGGAGGGAGGGAGGGUAGCGAGUGAUUUUCUAUUAAUUUAUGAGAGCCGACAUUCUGUGCGCGAUUCUCAGAUGCGGACUAACAAGUAUUCGUCGAAGACACUUAAUAGCUGUACUAAAUCGACCGGAAUCAGACGUAUAUUCUUAGCGCAUGCAAACCUCGCCGUAAGUCAUCCGCAAGUCCGCCGUACCCUGAAAUCGGCCGAUUAAAGCCAAGCCUGAUAACAGGUUCAGCAUGCAUCGGGCUUUUAUUUAAUCGGCCGGAUCGAUCCGCUAGUUGCGGAGGAACGAAAGGCUGAGAUUCGCACGGUAACAAUGUCCCCGGCGUGAUUGCACGAGGAGAAACAAUAGCGAUUCGUGUAACCGUGAAAGAGCAGGGACCAGACGAAAACUCAACAUGACGAGAAACGGUAACUCCGUUACCGCGACCGUAAACGAACGUUCGGCCGCCUGAAAAGCUGCUUGAGAUGAUUAAGUAGAAACCUAUAAGAAUCUUCAAUGAGUCCUCGUCUGCUCGUCCCGAGCAACAGAAAUUCUCAGUUACACGAGUCGAGCUUACUUCUCCGCGUACCAGAGACGGAUUCACAUUCUCCAAUUCGCGGAAACGCUCACGCUUUCAAAUUCUCCAAUUUUGAAAAUUCGUUUUCAAAUUUCCGAGAUCUCCGACGUCCCGCAAGUUCUUGACAAGUCCAAUUUGCACAGCCCCACCACACGGGAGUAAUCAAACUCCUGAGAAGUCUUAGAUUUAAUUCGACAUUCGAUAUUACCUAGAGCCAAGCGGGGGUGGGCAUUCUCAUUUCAGCUUUAAUGAACUCUUCUUCGGGGCACGAGGACGCGCGGGGAGCGAACGUCGGUCUGGGGACUCCAUUUGACGAAGAAAGAGCGACCGAACACAAACGAGACGAACGUACGAUUGCCAUAUUACGUUACUUCUAGACGAGGUUACCGAUUUCUGUGCCAUCUGCGCGAGCUUCUGUCACUGCAUAAUCGUUGCUUUUUUUUCGAGUGAGUGUGAGCGACUGAAAGAUGAGAGAGAGAGAGAGAGAGAGAGAGAGAGAGAGAGAGAGAGAGAGAGAAUGAGCAAGAGUGAGUGAGAGAAAGAGGAAUUUCACGUACGAGAAAUUUCGACAGAACUCGUCGACUUGUGGAAGGUAAUAUAUAAUAAUAAUAUCCUACAUAUAAAUAUAGCACAUAAGAGAGUGUUUUGAGCUGCGUUUGCGACGAUUCGCCGUAUAAAAGUACUAAACAGCAAAACGAGAGAAAGAGUAAAGCUGCAAAGUGCUGUGCGAAAGAGACUUGACUUCGAACAGAACGACGACGAACGAUCGGACGAUCGAUUACCGCCGUUCGAUCUUUGAGAAUCGUACAGCCGGCGCGGACCACGAAAUUGUAACGUUGAUUUUCUCGGCCAAGUACCGGCCGUGCAUCGCACAAGCCUCUGUAUGCGCGUGUUACGUGUUGCUUACAAAAUAAAACGAAGUAUUCACUCGAA